GUGUGCCAACCAGCAUUUUAGACUUUCUGAAACAGUAAUCAAAAAGGCCGAAGAAUAGAAGAGUAGUAGAGCCCUUUUUUUCCCCUUCAACUUCCUGCAAUUUCUUCCAUCUAUUGCUGGCCAUUGUAAUCAUGAGUCCUUUUGCCAUCAUUACAUGAAAAGCCUCUCUCUCUCUCUCUCUCUCACGCACACACAUUAUGCACAUAACAGACACAUCGUCCCAUCUAUAUAACGAGUAUUAUUUUGUCAUGGGUUCUUCACAUAUCCCCUCCAUCUCUACGGCAGCAGUCUCAAAAGGCCAAAAGCCAUCUCUUAUUACUCUAGCAACCCUUUUUCUCUUUAAGUUCUUUUUCGUCCAACCCUUUAAUUUUUUCCUCUUCUUUCUGGCACUAAAUUCUUAGAGGAAAGAGAAAUGUGUUUGAACUCUUUGAAACGGAGCCCAUGCAGUAGUCCUUUAUAUUUUGCUUUGCGCAGUAGAAAGCCAUCACGAGGGUGCAACCUUCAGUAUUGCCGUCUAAGCAGGAGAAGGAGAACAGCAAGACAGCUUAGACAGAGCAAGGAGAAGAAGAAGGAGGGGAUUUUAAAGAAAGAGAUGGAAAUCAAGAACCUGAAACUGUAUAUGAAGAAUAAAAGCAUAAUAGAAGAGAAUGAGAAACUAAGAAAGAAAGCUUAUUUUCUCAACCAAGAGAACCAGGCCUUGUUAAUUCAGCUCCAAAAAAAGUUCUCUAAAUCAUCUGCUGUCUCUCAACAGCAAUCACAAACAAUAACCUUGUAGUUAUAGCGCUAUAAUUAUAUAGGGUAUCGUCUAAAUACAUGCAGAAGAAGAGGAAUGGUAAUUAUUUAAUUAAUUAGGAACAAAAGAUGGAUUAAUAGGUUCUUUGAUCUUUAUACUUGAUGGGGAUAGCGAUCUUUACAUGUUCUUGAAUGUUGAUCACUUUAAUUAACCUACGUAUAUGUAUAUAGUUCCAUAUAUCUGGGAUGGGAACAAAACUGUGUCUAUGUAGACGUAUAGUUGUUAAGUGGAGCAUUGGAGAAGUAGAGAUUCAGUACCAUAUUUGGUGAAAAAUGGAUAAGAUGUUCCACUUCCUUUCCCAUCCUAUGAAUUUAUCCUGUUUAAUAAAUGCAAGAAUGUAUGACAUCGAACAUGAAUCUAUUGUACUCUGCAGUUCAAAGGAAAGCCAUGCACUUUUUUC